UCUUUAGUUCUCUCUCUUUCUCUUGCUCUCUCUCUAUCUUCUUCACUCUGUCUUUAGCUCUCUCUCUCUCUCGUUUACUCUUUAGCUCUCUCUCUAUCUCUCUUGCUCUUUCUCUCUCUUUUACAAUAGCCCUCUCUAUUUCUCUUGCUCUCUCUUUUUCUCUCUUUUACUCUUUAGCUCUCUUUCUAUCUUUAGUACUCUCUUUAAUCUUUAGCUCUCUCUAUCUUUCACUCUUUAUCUCUCUCUCUCUCUCUCUCUCUCUCUAGGAAGGAAGAGGAGUAGAGGAGUGGACACUCUACAGAUAAACUCCAGUGGGACUCUCUAAAGAUCUAGAACAGUGUUGGACCUGUUUCAGAGGAUUAUGGGUAGAGUCUCUUCUGCUGCGUCUCUGGUUCUGACUGGACUGUGGUUCUGCUGUGGGACUUGCUGUGUGUGUAAAUAAAUCUUGAGUGACAGCUGCUGUGAAGUGUAACAAUGGCAGCAGUGGAGGCAGAACAGCUGGAGAGUCGGCUAAGCACGGAGGACUUAAUGAAGAUGCAGAGUCUAUUCCUGCCAUCGGACAGCUCUGAUUUGCCCGUGUCCAUGCAAAGGGCAGAGUUUGUGGAGCAGGCAUGGUCUGUGAUUGGCCGAGGCUCUCAGGAGGAGUAUGGCCAUUUGUUUGACAGCGUGGACGUGUCCAGAGAGGGCUGGGUGAACUGGGAGCGACUGACCUCUUACUUUUUGCUGGGCCUGUCUGAGAAAGAUGAGCACAUAAAGACAACAGCUGUGCUCCGCUGGAGACCCGCCCGCACCCUGCCCGUGCCGCACAGAGACAGGCUGCACAGCAUCACUCACCUGCCUAACGCCGGACGCUACCUCACCCUGAGUAAAGAUGGAACUCUGACUGUAUGGGAGGAAAAGAAUCUGACGCUGCUCCGGAGCCACCGCCUGACCAACGACACGGUCAGACCCAAAGACCUGUGGGCAACCGGCCUGGUGCUGCUGCCUAAUGUGCAGAAGAUCGCUGUAUCCUUCACCAGUAAGGAGAUCUGUUUUUAUGACCUGAUGUCCAAGGAUUUCAAUCUCCAGUAUAAACUGCACGGCCUGCAUUACACUCCCAUCAGCCUCCACUACUGGUACCAUCCGGAUCGGCCAGAUCAGGCCGUGCUCAGCUUCGGGGACGCAGGUGGACAGGUGAGUGGUGUGUGUUUCAGGUCAGCACUGACCUCUUUGUUUGAGAGGCUGAGUGUAGGUGGGAUGCAGGGCUCGGCCAUCAGCAUCAGUUGGGCGGAGCUUCAGCAGGGCCGCCAUCGCUGCUGCUACACCCUAACACACACCGCCCACAUGGGACAAUGGGUUCGCACAGUGCGUUUCCUGGGGUCCCUGGAAGCCUUUUUAUCCUGCAGUACGUCCGCAAACACCAGCAUGGCCCUGGGCUGGAGGGAGUCAGAGUCCAGACCUCUCAGAAUCACAGCUUUUCACACUGAGAAGGGCAUCACUGACCUGGACUUCCAUCCUGGACUCAACCUCAUAGCCACAGCAGGUGUGAAUAACCAGGUGUGCAUCUGGAACCCCUACGUCGUCACCCAACCAGUGGGCAUCCUCCGAGGUCACGUGACCAGCGUGGUGGCAGUGCAGUUCAUGCUGGGGAAAAGACAACUGAUAAGCUUUUCAAAAGACAAGGUGUUAAGAGUGUGGGACGUAGCCAAUCAGCUGUGUAUCCAGCGCAUCGCCGGAAUCUUCCCCAAGACCCAGGACUGUAAGACGCUCCUCUUCUUCCACGAGGAGCGAUUACGCGUCUUCCUCUCCUUUAACAGCGCUCUGCUCCUCCUGGAGGCCAAGAAAGAGUCCGGGAGGAGAACGCUGAGCCACGACAGCGCCGUCACCUGCGUCCUCUACAACUCCCUAUUCAGACAGGUCAUCAGCAGCGAUGGCAGCUCCGCCGUGACGUGCUGGCUCAUGGACACGGGUCAGAAGGUCAAGCAGUUCCCCCACUGUCAUGGUAAUGCAGAGAUUUCCACCAUGGCGCUGGAUGCCACGCAGACCAGACUGUUUACCGCCGGCACAGACGGCGUGGUCAAGAUGUGGGACUUUAAUGGACACUGUCACCACAGUCUGAAUGCAGGCCGAGGCUUGGCGGUGGAGAUCUCUCAGAUACUGGUGCUGAAAAGGACUAUACUGGUGUUUGGCUGGGAGAGGAUGAUCACAGUGUUCAGGCUGAACUCCUUCUCUCAGUACUUUGUGCAGCCGGCGGAGUGGAAGGGUGGGGUUCAGCACCGGGACGAUGUUCUGUGUGCAGCUUUCAGACCCCCACAGACUUUAGUUACAGGUAGUUGUGAUGGUGAGAUUAUAGUCUGGAAUAACAGCACUGAAAACGCACUUCGCAAACUCAACCCGGACACACGACGUGGAGACCACAAGUCCAAGUCAGCUAGCACUACAAGUUCUAGACGACCAUCGUUGAACUCUGCUGCUAAGCUUCAGUGUAGUGCCCCCUGUGGUGAGGAGGACACUGAGAGUUAUGGUAUUACCAGGCUGGCCUUUCUGGAAGGCCGAAAGGGAGCAGCUAAUGCAGGUGGGGCCGAUCUCGUGUCCUGUGGAGGAUCAGGCGUCGUCCGUUUCUGGAACUCUGUAAAUUGUCGUCUUGUGGGUGAAUUUGUGGCCCACAAAGACUCGGGGUCCAUCAUUCUGACAGUGGACAGCAGUGGACGCUACCUGGCCACAGCAGAUAUGGAUGGUGGGGUGAAGGUGUGGGACAUACAGGAGUACUGUCUCCACCCCAGUCCCAGCAUAACCAAUCAGGCGCCAGUGCUGCUGUCAAGUCUCCGCCCUCACAUUGACUGCGUCACUCACCUUGAGACGUGUGAACACAGCAACCAACUGUACCUCCUCAGCGCCUCGGCAGACUGCAGCCUGGCCCUCAGCCACCUGCCCGGACCCACUGUGGGGAUUUUUGGUCAGGAGAUACACUGGCGCUUGGGUGGUCCUGAGGAAUACCCGCUGGUAAAAGAGAAGGGUGGCACAGAGGAGGCCACAGAUGUUGAGAAAAACUCCAUCUGCAUUCCAGAAAGCUUCAGCACUGAACAGUUCACACUACAGGAGGAUCAGGAUCAUCAGCAGACAGAAUCAGAGCAACUGCAUAUGCUCAGUGAAAAUUCUGACACACCAGGGUGGGGUUUUGAAGAAGGGUGUGGCUUACAGCUGAGUGACAGCUGGCCAUCUCCAUAUGUGAAUACGGCACACAACAUCUCUCUGGGAAUGUACAGUGAGCUUAAACUGGAGGAACUGGACCCAGUGGAUGAACUGGACAAGCCCGACUUCCUCACUAAUCCUGACGUGUAUUUUGAAGAGAUGCUGGACUCCUCCCCCCCGACUCCACCUCCCCCUUCACCAGCAACACAAACCAAAAAAACAGGUUUGAAAGCUCCCUUUGAUGAGAAGAGCCUGUUUCCUAAAGAAGUGUUGGAGCAGGUGGACAGGGUUCUGGGAGCUCAGCGUUCCACACAGAGAUUCAGUGUGAUGAGGAAUUAUGGGAGGGUCAUCAGCAGGAGUUUGGGAAAGUCCAAAGCCAGCACAUCUGGAGCAUCCAAAGCCAAGUGAAGAAAUGCUUUACAAAUAACAGUAUUUACGACAGUAAUAAACUUUGUUAAAUGGUUAAGUAAUGUCUCAAUUAAUUAUGACGUAACACAAGAUGUAAUACAUUAUUAAACAUUACUAAAUUUAAAUGCGUAUGAAUGUACAGAUGCAUCUUUAAACAAAUAAAUAUCAUUGAAAAAUUACUUUAUUUCAAUAAUUCAAUAAACAAUUGUGAAACUCAAUUAUUAUAUAAAUGUAUUAAACACAUAGUGAUCUAUUUUAAGUGUUUAUUUAUUUUAUUGUUGAUGAUUAUGGCUUACAGCUAAUGAAAAACCAAAAGUCUGUGUUUCAGAAAAUUAGAAUAUUAUAUAAGAUCAAUUGCUACUUUUGGCAGUGUGAGCAGUGUGCCAAAUCCUGCUGGAAAAUGAAAUCCUCAUCUCCAUAAAAGCUGUCAGCAGAGGAAAGAAUGAGGAUCACUCUGUUUGUAAUACAUCUACUGUAUAUAUUUUACGAGUUUCACAUUUUGAAGUAACUUUUCAAAGACAUUCAUAUUUUGCUGAGAUGCACCUACAAUAUAUGAAUAGUAAAUAAUAAUGAAUCGAUACAUUAGUUAAAAAGUUGUAAUAAUUAAUAAUGUCUUACCUAAUGUCAAUUGAUAAUUAGUUGAGGCAUUUUGUCAUAAGUACAGUUAAUUAAUGUGCAUUAUUGUAAAGUGUUACCCCAAGUAAAUGUUAAGAAAUAUACUAUCAUUUGUAUUAUUCUUUUAAAAUAAACAUUUUUAUAUGAUCA